GAUAGUGAUGUUUUUAGAGACACCUGGGUGAGGUAUUUGGGUUAUUCAAAUGAAGUUGGUGAAGCCUUUAGGUCAUUGGUCAAUGUUAAACUGGUGUAUUUAAGUUAUGGAUUGGCUUCUUCCUACGUCUUAGCCGAUUCUAUCCAUAAAGGA